AUGGCUGUCAGCGAUGCAAUACAGGUCCCCGUAGCGUCUCCUGAUGGCCGCUCUAUCGCAUACGUCCAAAGUGGAAACAUCUUCAAACGCGACCUCGCACAAAAUGGAUACCUCGAAAAAGGCCGCUGCAGAUUCUCCCCAGCAACAAAGUUCACUUCCCUCAAAUGGUCCGCGGACUCGAAGCAACUGCUAGUCGCCUACGACCACGGUGUACAUGUCAUCGACAGCGAGGUACUGGAAGAACGCGUCUGGCUGAAAAAUGGCACGGGAGGACUUGGACGAGUCGCCACAGCAGACUUUAUCGGGACCGAUUACCUCCUCGUGAUCUCGGAGUUUGGGAAGUCGAAGCUCUGGCAUAUGAAUAGUGCGAAGGCUCUCGAUCUACCGAAUGUCAAGACAACUUGUGAUGGGCAAGCUUGGGGACUGCGGCCAGGGAAGGCUUCGUCGGGGCUUUUCGCUCUGCUUACCAGGAAUGGAGCUGACGAUAAUUUGGCACUGCACUUUCCAUCUUUGACAUCGGCCACGGCGCCUAUUAAGCUGCCCACUGUUGAUGCACAAUUGCUGUCAUGGUCGCCGGAUGGAAGAUGGCUUGCAAUUUUGGAUGUACCGACUGCCAGCCCGAACCUGCACAUCUACACACCCGAUGGCCACCUCUUUCGAUCAUACCCUACAAACAAAGAUGCUGACGACGGCUUGAGCACCAAAAAUAUGGCCUGGUCAGCAGAUGGUCGAUAUCUGGCAUUGUCAAAACACGAUGGCAAAGUUGAGCUCCUCAACACCAAAACUUUCUCACCCCUCGCCAUCCUCGAACACAACACCACCAUCGAUCAGUCCUCGCUCCCACAAUCCGAUCAAGCGCCCGUCUGGCUCGAAAUACUCUCCGCGUCGAAUACGCAUUCUUACUCAUUACAGUCGCACCCAGUCUUACCACCCCUCUCCACAGCCAAACCAACUUCCGAACCAAGCGAUCUCGGCGUAGCAGAGCUGUCCUUCAGCAGUGACAGUAAUCACCUGGUCACCCGCGACUGUCGCAUGCUUAAUACGAUCUGGCUCUGGAACAUGGCCACAUUGUCUGCACAUGCAGUAGUGAUCCAGCACGCUAAUGUUCGGAGCUUGUCAUGGCACCCUACCCGGCCUGACAUUCUGCUGAUCGACUGCGCCGAGGGCUUUGCACAUGUAUACGAUGUAUCAUCUGUCUCACCACCGCUCGCACUUCCCACUGGCGCGAGACCGAAAGCGAAGCUGAGCUGGGUUAACACCACGGCAGAGGCUAAGUCCAUGGUCAUGGCUACAGAAAUGCACAACUUCCAACUCAUCUAUCCCGAAGGUCAGGACGAAAUGGUGGCAGGUACUCCACGCGCUACGGCCAUCACACGGGACGUGCCAUUUGAAGAGGGUGGAAGUGAAGAUUCUCUUUUCGAGGUACUCUCAGGUCGAAAGCCAUUACCGCCUAAAACGGCACCUUCGUUCACGGAGAUGGUGGAUCUCGAGGCAGAGGCGGAGGAGGAUACGAUCAGUGGCGGGCCGUUGGAGGAUACGUUUAGGGAGAAGAAGAAAAAGGUGGAUGUUGAUCCGCUGGAUGAUAGUGAUAUUUUCUGA